UGAAGAGACGCUGACUCAGCUGCACUGGCCGUUCAUUGGACCAGCUCAAACCAAAAAUUUGGGCCUGGCUUCUUCCUCCACGAAUGCCGCAGAAAUCUACAGUAACUUCGAGACCUUGUUUUUCUCAGCUCCUCAAACUGCAGCCCUCGGACGAACUAUUAACCAAACCGAAGCAGCUGCCGGAAAAGUACCUCCUUCCGCCAACUCCGCCUAUUAUAUUACCGAUGCAGAUCAUGUUGGCUCCCCUCCAGAAAAGAUUCAAAUACCAUUUCACGGGGAACCGGCAAACCAACGUCUUGACCAAGCCCGAGUGGUAUCUUACGCAAGUACUGAUGUGGAUUGGAAAUCACGUUUCGUUUCUGGAAGGCAAAGUUCAGCCCAUAUUGGAUAAAGCCGGAACUUCGGUGAACGCCAGGUUGGAGUUUUCCCGCGCUCUGGUGACGCUCAUCCUGGAGAAGCUGGACGCCGAGAUCCCUUGCAUGCUGUACGAUGACAACCUCUUCUGCCACCUGGUGGACGAGAUCCUCCUCUUCGAAAGAGAGCUGCACGGUGUUCACGGUUAUCUCGGCAGCCUCCCCAGCUGCAUGCACAUUUUGUCAGAAGAAACGUACUUUCAGAGGUGGUUAACUGUAGAGAGAAAAUUCGCUCUUCAGAAGAUGGACUCCAUGCUUUCGUCGGAAACUGCGUGGGUCUCCCAGUACAAAGACAUCACUGAUGUAGAUGAGAUGAAAGUUCCAGACUGCGCAGAAACGUUUAUGACUCUGCUUCUGGUGAUCACUGAUAGAUACAAGCACCUUCCUACAGCAGCCAGAAAACUGUGGUUCCUGGAAUUGCAGAAAGAGCUGGCGGACGACUUUCGAAUCCGGCUCACUCAAGUCAUGAAGGAAGAAACCAGAACGCCCCUGGCCUUCCGAUACUGCGCGAUCCUAAACGCGGUCAACUACAUCGCCACCGUACUAGCGGACUGGGCUGACAAUGUUUUUUUCUUACAGCUUCAGCAGGCUGCGCUGGAAUUGUCCGCCGAAAGCGACACGCUAAGCAAGCUGCAGUUGGGACAGCUGGCUUCGCUGGAGAGCUCCGUGUUCGACGAAAUGAUCCACCUCCUGGAACGGUUGAAGCACGAUAUGCUCACUCGCCAAGUCGGUCAUGUCUUCAAGGAGGUCAAAGAGGAGGCCAAGAUAUACAAAAGGGAAAGGUGGCUCUCCUUGCCUUCCCAGGCCGAACAAGCCGUGAUGUCCUUAUCGAGCAGCGCCUGCCCCUUGCUCCUGACCUUGAGGGACCGGCUCCUUCAGUUAGAGCAGCAGCUUUGUUACACCUUGUUCAAAAUCUUCUGGCAAAUGCUCGCGGAGCAAGUCGACUUGUUCAUCUAUCAGGAGGUCAUUCUAGCCAAUCACUUCAACGAAGGUGGAGCGGCCCAACUCCAGUUCGACAUGACCCGGAAUCUUUUCCCUCUGUUUUCCCAUUACUGCAAACGGCCGGAGAAUUAUUUCAAACACAUCAAAGAGGCUUGCAUUGUACUGAACCUAAACAUCGGAUCAGCCCUGCUGUUGAAGGACGUGCUCCAAUCAGACACCGAAACCAGAAGCGGAAUCGCCUUUGGUUCAAAACAACCCACUGCUGUGGCGGCGUUAAAUGAACUUGGAAUUUAUAAGUUGGCUCCAAAGGAUGUUGAGAUCCUCCUUAACUUGAGGACAAAUUGGCCUAACACUGGCAGAUAAUCAGGAUAAACAGAAUGGAGAGACACUAAUUAUUAUUAUUUAGAAAUUACCACUCGUUCUCACGUGAUGUUGAAUAUAUUGCCUUGGAAAGAAAAAAAAUGCAUUAAAAACACUGAAAAUUAGACAUACAUACAUACAUACAUCACCAUUUCAAAGUGGUACAGUGGCCUAGGUGGAGGUGGAGCUCUCACCAGAUUGUGAGUUCAAUCCUAGGUAGAGGCAGAUAUUUCUCUCUCUGGGCACACAGAGAAUAUAUCUGCUGAAACAAAACUCUACAUUGGCGACAAGAAGGGCAACUGGACAGUAAACACUCAGCUCCAUUCAGUUGCCCAGACUCCACCCCGCAAGGGAUUAUGGGGUCGUUAAAUGGUGAUGUUGAUAUAUAUAUAUCGCUGUUUCAAAGAAACAUUUGCAAUUUGAUGAAGUCUGGAUAAUAUACUGGCUGUAAUGUUUAGUUGUAACUUGCUGUCAGUGACUCCUGUCCUUUUCUCAAUUGACUGUGGUAAUCAAGGGAAAUUAUUUUCAAUGGAGAAAUUAUUCUAAUAUAUGCUCCAUAUUACAGAAAUGGCCAUCUUAAAGGAACACCCUGGGGUAUUUUUUUAAAACAAUUCUGAGACAGACCAGUUUUACUUUAUUGCCUCUUUUGAGACUGAGAUUAAUCUCGCUUAGGCUGGAUCAGGAUGUCCUCGAAACCUUUUGUGUUACCAAGAUUGUGAUGUUACACAAUAUUACAACGGGGGUAAAAACAGCAAAACCGUUCUUACCUUUU